AUGACUGAUCCAUAUUAUAGGCCACAUUAUCAAUAUGAUCCGAAUCAGACCGUCGAGUAUUAUGAGCGCGAGUAUGCUGUGAUGCAACAGCAGAAAUCGGUUGCGACUAAAAUGUUGGAAGAUGGUGGUGCAGCUUCCAAUGCCGCAGACUUUUUCGAAUGGGCUGUUGACAAAUAUACUUCCAAUCUCCUCAUUUACGCCGUCGAUCACACGGCCAGAUACACGUACUCGGAGCUCGACCAAUGUGCAAAUCGAAUCGCGCAUUGGGCUAUACAUCAAAACCUCGCUCCAUCAUCCGUAGUUUGCUUGCUCAUGGAAAACAGACCCGAGUACCUGUGUUUGACGAUGGGCUUGGCCAAAGCUGGACUCUGCAUCGCACUCAUAAACACGAAUUUGACUGGUGAUUUGCUGCGGCAUGCUAUUACUACUGCUAAUGCAACGUGCAUUAUUAUAUCAACUGCCAAGAAAUCGAAUUGGGAGUCUAUUGAAUCUCAUGAGGAUGGUGGUGUCGAUGUAUGGUGGUAUGCUGGGCAAGGAUUUGAUGUUCCUGUCUUGGCUGAUUCGUGGUUUCAGAAACGGUUGGAUGGUGGAAGGCAUAAGAUGCUGGAUGCGUCGUUGUUGAAUUCGUAUAGUCAUGAACGUGUGCCAAGGACUCGACGUGAGGGUGUCAACGUCAGGGAUCCAUUGUACUAUAUAUUUACGUCUGGCACGACUGGACCUUCUAAAGCUGCCAAAUUCUCCCACAAGAGAUGGAUUGGAUGUGCUUUGACGUGGUCUGGACCUAGUGGAUUGAAAGAAGGAGAUCGAUACUACAUAAGUUUGCCUUUAUAUCAUGGAAACGCUGGUGCUGUGGCAAUGGCUCCUUGUAUCUUACUUGGAAAUACCGUCGUGUUACGUGAAAAGUUCUCAGCUAGCAGCUUCUUCAAGGACGUGCGAGAGCAUCAAUGUGUGGCUACCGUUUAUGUCGGUGAAUUAUGGAGAUAUCUUCACCUUCAACAACCUCAACCAACGGAAGGAACUCCGCAAUUCUCUCCAUUACGAGUCAUCAUCGGCAACGGUUUACGCUCUGAUCUCUUUGAGUCUAUUACGAAACGCUUCCAUAUAACCCAAGUAGUCGAACAUUACGGGGCAACUGAAAUGCCAGGCGAUGCCAUACAAAACUACUUUAACAAACCGGGAUCUUGUGGCUUCUUACCAAAGAGUGUCGCUACGGCAAAAGCAUCGAGUGGUGAAGGUGGUAUACUGGUGCAGUAUGAUGUUGAGAACGAUGCGGUUGUACGGGUUAAUGGACGGUGUGUUGUUGCGUCUUCAGGUGAAACUGGAGAAAUGAUAAUGAGAUUGCCUGAUGGGAAAUAUGAUGGGUACGUGGGUGAUGCUGUUACGAGACGGAAGCUGUAUACGGAUGUGUUUGCGGAGGGCGACUGUUGGUGGAGUUCUGGGGAUUUGCUUACAGUGGAUGAUCAAGGGUUCUUUUAUUUCCAAGAUCGUGGUGGCGACUCUAUGAGGUGGAAGUCAGAAAACAUCAGCUCCAACGAUGUUGGACAAGUCGUUGGCGCAUACCCACAUAUACGAGAAGCCAAUGUCUAUGGCAUCAAAAUACCAAACACGGAUGGUCGUGCUCCUAUGGCUUCUGUACUCCUCAAUCCAGACUCAACCGUCUUCAACUUUGAAGACUUUACCCUCCACAUCCAAAAGAAUCUGCCCUCAUACUCCCGUCCAUUAUUUUUACGCUUUCGAGCAGUAGAGCAUGACAAGACGUCAACGCUAAAGUUUCAGAAAUUCAAGUAUGCCCAACAGGGGUAUGAUCCUUCAAGAACUGAAGGUGAUGAUGUGUAUUUGUGGGAAGGGAAGUCGUGGAUUCAAGUUAAUGACGAGGUUGUGAGGAAUAUUAAUGAUGGCAGGUAUAGGUUUUAA